AAUAGUCCCUGCGUACUAAAUAGGACUUCUAUAAAAUAUUCUAUUCAUUCUUGAGAAGAAUAAUUGAGGUUUUUAAACACGUAUGCCUUUAUUCAUGAUGUUCAGUACUUGAGAACAAAGAAAUAAAGAGAGAUCCUUGUGAGUGCAGGAUUAUGAAUUUGGAUCAGUAAAGUGUCGAUCGACAUAAUUAGGCGAUUUGGUACGUUUUGGCUUUAAUAACUUUUCAGAAAAAAUCACCAGCCUUUUUCCGGUCAAGUGUGUGUACGGCCGUUUUAGCAAUCAGAAGGUUUAAAUUUUUUUCAGAAUUUUAGACACUUCAAUUAUUUAUAUACUUUAUGGUCAUUUUGGAUUGAUAAGUUUGAAGAAGUUCUUCAAUUACGUAUACUUUUUAUAGCAUUUCUACUAUUUAAUCAAGUAUGUCGGAAUCUGCUAAGAAAGCGGACGAAAGUUCAGAUAUGAUUUCUAGCUCAACAACAAAUAAGCAAUCUUCUUCAUCCUCUUCAACUUCAAAUUCUGAAGAUGAUAGUGAUGAAAAUUUAGCAAAAAAAAGUGAAACGGAUCAACCAGAAUGUGUUAAACCUGAUUCGCCAACAGAAGAUAGUGAUACUGAAGAUGAUUUAAUAUCUGCUAUCAAUUACAAUACUAUUACUUCUUUAGCAGCGCUUAAAGAUAUGCUUCAAUCUUCAGGAGGAAGUGCUGAUGGUGUUGAUAGCUUUUUUAAUCACUACUUUUUAUCUCACGUAAAUCGAUUACCAUCCAGAAAUCAAACUCAUAGCCCUUAUCCUUGGACCCGAAGAUUAUCGGAAUGCCGCGAAGAAGAUGAAUAUGAGGCCGAAGACGGUAAAACUACAGAUACUGCAUCUGCACCAAGUACUGCUCAAAAUGAUUCUACAGUAAAUACUGAUGAACAAUCAGUAAAAGAAACCCCAGUAAGUAUAUCUGACCCGACUCAAACUACAGUGCUAAGUGCAAAUACUAACGACGACUUAUCUGCGACUUCUGCGAAAAUGACGAGCCCAAAUGUUACUGCUUCGACUCCUCAUAAAUCGACGUUGCGAAGACGGAAUACUACUGGACCAGAUAUAACAUUUACAGCAUCCGAAUUUCCUUCUCAUUCAUGCAGUAAUAUUCCAAUGUCAAAAAUAAGUCCAAUGCAGAGUCCACAUUUCGAUAAACGAUUUUUUGAUUUCAAUUUAGUUGAAAUGAAGAGCCAAGCAAGUAGUACGAGUACAAUUGACAAUGAUUCUGCAGAAGAUAUUUGGGUUCGUAGAGUCGAUAAUAUUCAAGAGAAAAAAAAGCAAGAACAUGGAUCGCAAUCAUUACCUACUUCUGGUACUGAAGAUAAUGAAAGCAUUUUCAAUAAAGGAGAUUUGAGUAAUCGACAAAGAGCAGGGACCUGGGGAAGCCGGACGCCUACCUUAAAAAAUUCAAGUUCAACUACGACAAAGAAAAAGACUCCUCAACACAAUAAAAAAGAGUCUCCGCAUUCAUCAUCUUCUCUUCGUUCUGAAGUAAAAUGUAAAACUUCAGAUGUAAAAAGCACUUCACAUGAAGAUUGUACCAAACCAGAAACAACUGAUGAACAUAAAACCAAAACAGUUUCUAAUGAAACGUUUAGACCCCGGAGUAAAUCAGAUAUAAGUAAAACGAAAAAAUCAAAUAUUAUUGCAAACAUGAAAACAGUUGUUCAAAACUCAUUUUACAAAAGUAUGCAUGCCGCCUCUUCUUUCGAAUCCGCCGUUAGUAAAGAAAUGCAUAACACACCCGAUCAAGUCAGACCACGAGCUGCAUCAGAUAGCCAUAGAAACCCAGUUAUUAGAGUGAUUGAUCUCAUACGACAUCGAAGUAAUAGCGUUAUCACUACUGAAGAUAAGAAAAAAGACAAAUCCAAUCAAUCUCUGUCUCAAAUGUCAGGAAGCAGUUCGUUAAGAAGAGGAUCACUUGACAAAACUACGAGACGUUUUUCUCUUGGAAUACCUCAAGUAUUGCAUAGGGCGUCAGAUGCAUCAGUUGAUCCAAUUCAUGCAGCAAUUCUAUUCAGGGAUUCCCGAGGGUUGCCAGUGGUGGAUCCUUUUUUGGAAAAUGUUUCGUUAUCAGAUUUGGGAGAAGAUGAUUCUCAAAUAUAUGUGAAAUUUUUCAAAUUCCAUAAAUGUUACGAUCUCAUUCCAACUAGUGCAAAAUUAGUUGUAUUUGAUACCCGUCUUCUGGUGAAAAAGGCAUUUUUUGCUCUCGUCUACAAUGGUGUCAGAGCAGCUCCUUUAUGGGACAGUUCCCGUCAGGAAUUUGUUGGAAUGCUUACUAUAACAGAUUUUAUAAAAAUUUUACAAAUGUAUUACAAAAAACCGUUGGAUAUAAUGGACGAAUUGGAAGAAAAUGAGUUGGAAACAUGGAGAAAUAAAUUACAAGAUCAAGCUAAUCCGUUAGUUAGUAUUUCCCCUGAUGCCUCGUUGUUCGAAGCCAUUAAAACAUUAAUAGAUCAUAGGAUUCAUCGAUUACCUGUAAUUGAUACGGAUACCGGAAAUGUUCUCUACAUUUUGACGCAUAAACGUAUAUUAAGAUUUCUUUUUCUAUACAUUCACGAGUUGCCAAAACCAUCAUUCACUCUCAAAACACUACAAGAAUUACAAAUAGGAACAUUUUCUAACAUCGAAACGGCAACAGAAGAUACAAGUAUUAUUUCAGCUUUGCGAAAAUUUGUUGAAAGAAGGGUAUCUGCAUUACCAAUUAUCGAUAGCGAGGGAAAACUCAUAAAUAUAUACUCGAAGUUUGAUGUAAUUAAUUUAGCUGCAGAAAAAACUUACAACGACUUAGAUGUUACGUUGAAGCAAGCAAAUGAGCAUCGCAAUGAUUGGUUCGAAGGUGUUCAAAGUUGCAAAUUAAGCGAGAGUUUAUUUUCCAUAAUGGAGAAAAUAGUUAAAGCAGAGGUGCAUCGGUUGGUUGUUGUUGAUGACGAAGAGAAAGUCAUAGGAAUUCUCUCUUUAUCCGAUAUUUUCAACUUUCUUGUUCUCAGUAAAGCUGAUGAUCCGGCCUUGAGCAGUGAGGCAAAAACACAUUCAGAUGCUGAUGAUAAUAAGAAGAGCACCAAAUCGCAACGUCCAAUCUAUGAAAAAUAUUCCAACUACAAACAAUCGAAUCAAAACAUUUUAAUAUCCGAACAACAAUUUUCCUCGGCGCAGUCGAUGGGAAUUUCCGUUGACGAGGUGCAGAUUGCACACGAAGACACUCAUCUGAGUAACGCCAUAGCGAGUCCUGCGACGGAAACGGACAUCGAUGAGUUCGCUCCCAAGAGAAAGCAGAGAAGAUACCGGACAACUUUUUCGAGCUUUCAGUUAGAAGAGCUUGAAAAAUCGUUUGCUCGCACACAUUAUCCAGAUGUUUUCACAAGAGAAGAAUUAGCUAUGAAAAUUGGUUUAACCGAGGCAAGAAUUCAGGUCUGGUUUCAAAAUAGACGAGCUAAAUGGCGAAAGCAGGAAAAAGUCGGUCCCACCGGCCAUCCAUUCAAUCCUUAUUUAUCUUCCUCCAACUCGGCGUCGAUAGGUCAGAGCGUUUCCUCGUUACCGAACCCCUUCAAUCGCCUAAACAGCGUCCACAUACGCAAGCCUUUCGAGUCGUUCAGAUGCUCCAAUAUCAGUACGACGCACACGAUGGUAUCGAGCAGUUAUCCGAAUCAACUUUACCACCAGCAACAAUCGAUUCUGCUGCAAGGAGUGUCGAACGCGCCUUUGAGUUGUAAUUCGGUUCCUUCGUAUCAGAAUCUCUUGACCAACAUCACGCAGCAGGCUGAGCAUUCGAAAACGGAGCGCAGUCCAUCGGCGCCGAUAUUUUCCAACGAUGUUAAAACCGUCAUUCCGGUUUCGCCGACUCCUAUAACGCCUUCCACGUCCUUUCUGAAUUUCGAAUCUUCCUCCAAUUCACUCAUCAAUCAACUACCCUUUUCAUCGACACCUUUGUUGAUGCCGGAUGACGAUCGUCGCACAAAUAGUAUAGCCGCUCUACGUCUGAAAGCUCGCGAGUAUGAAUUACACCUAGAAAAAAUACGUAAAAAAGGAGAUCUUAUAAAAUGA